CACAGCAUAUGUAUACAUCAGCAUUGAGAUAUGCAUUGGAAAAGUCUGCAAGCAAAAUAAACACAGGAGACUAUAGUGGUGUAAUAUUGGACGGUAGAGAUUAUGUGUCUGGUGGACAAACACCACUACAUUGCUGUCUAUGUGCUCAGGGUACUUAUGAUGAACAGCGAGAAACAGCAUUGUGCUUGAUAACAUAUGGAGCCUCUGUCUACCAAAAAGAUAGUAAAGGGUAUACACCUCUUGAUUAUUAUGAUCAUAAUGAAUGUAGUCAAUACAAAGUAUCAGCAAAGGAGGAAAAGAAAGAUGAACUUAAAAAGUUGCUUAUAGCUAAGACGGGCCAUGCUGUUUCUUCCCCUGAGCAUGUCUUAAUUCAAGGUAAUUUGAGAUUCUUCAUGCCACCACCAUUAUUGUUUCUUCACUCACCUUAUAAAUCUGUUAGGAAAACUAGUAAAUGUAUGCUUACAUUGUUUUCAAUGAGUCUACACACUGAACAUUCACACUCACACACUCAUUCACACUGUAUAUUCUUUGUGUUUUAUGUAUUAUUAUUUGUUAGCAAACACAUUACUAUGAAUUGAAUUAACAGUAUAAAUCUGUUAGGAAAAAUAGUAAAUGUAUGCUUACAUUGUUUUCAGUGAGUCUACACACUUCACACUCACACACUCAUUCAUACUCUAUAUUCUUUGUACUUUAUGUGUUAUUAAUUGUUAGCAAGCACAUGAUUUAUGAAUUGAAUUAACAGUAUAAUGCUA